AGGCUUUAGUAAUGCUUAGGCUACUGUAAGAAGCAGCACCUCACACAGGACAGCGUAAGAUUGUUUUGCCUCUUGAUUGCUUUCCAAAGACGGACCUGAGUUUCCACUGGGAGAAUGGAAUACUGGUGGAGCUUGUUGAAUGUUAUUUUUUUCUUGGAACUUACUCGGGUACCAUUGUGCUAUUGCCUGGUGCGACAAAAGCUGCCAGUUUUAUGGAUUAUGCCACUGAGCGUAGCAUCGGGGAAAGGCAACAUUACUGCUGAGGUUCUUCCUGCUGUUGAGCUGGCACUGCAUCAUUUGAGUGAACAGUCAUCUAAUUUAGCCAACUACGAGCUUCAGUUUCAGCUCACAGACUCAGAGUGUGAUAACAGCAAAACACUCAAAGCUUUCUUUGACACUAUAUUCAGUGGCCCAAAACCUCUGAUGAUAUUUGGAGGUGUUUGUUCAUCCGUGACAUCAGUCCUGGCUCAAUCAUUGGAGAGUUGGAACCUCGUGCAGCUGUCAUUUGCAGUAACGACGCCUUCAUUGGCCAACAAGAAAAGAUUUCCAAACUUCUUCCGUACUGUGCCAUCAGACCGUGCGGUUAAUGUGGCAUUGGUGAGAUUUCUCAGGCAGUAUGGAUGGAGUAGAGUUGGAACUUUGACUCAGCGUGAGCACAGUUUUACAGAGGUACAGACAGAUUUGAGCAGACAUCUGGAGGAGGCAAACAUCCAACUUGCAGAAGCAGAGAGUUUUUCUGAUGCACCCUGCAAUUGUGUGAAAAAACUGAAGGACAAUGAUGUGAGAAUAGUCAUUGGUCAUUUUGAUCAGAGUUUAGCCACUAAAGUCUUCUGCUGUAUAUAUAAUCUCAGGAUGUAUGGGCAGAAAUACCAGUGGAUUCUGCCUGAGUGGGUUCAGUCGAGCUGGUGGACUGAGAGCGACUCCACUAACUGCACAUCUGAAAAUAUACUGACUGCGAUAGAGGGAUCCAUCAGUGCUGAUAUUGAGUCUCUCAGCUCCAGUCACAUCCGAGGGAUCUCUGGUAGGACACCUCAAGAGUAUGAGAAAGAGUACAAUGAAAGGCGACAGAUGAAGCAACUGGGGGCAAGCAAGUUUCACGGCUUUGCUUAUGAUGGUACAUGGGUUAUUGCCAAAGCUUUAACGAGGGUCAUGGAGACUGUGAAGUACAGAGAGAGAUACAGCGUCCAUCGCAACUUCACUCUCACUGACCAAGAAGUGGGUCAGAUGAUUCUGGAGGCCAUGGACAAGAUCAACUUCUUCGGUGUAACAGGACACGUUACGUUUCAAAAAGGUGAAAGAGUGGCCAAUGUGAAGUUUGCCCAGUAUCAAGAUGGAAAGGCUGUUGAUAUUGAAAAAUACAGUGCCAUUACAGAUGAGCUGGAGUUCAUCAGUCCAAUCAGAUUUCACAAAGAUAAACCCACAAAGGACCGAACCCACGUGUAUCCUCACAGGAAACGCAUCAGCAUAUUGCUCUAUGCUAUUGUGGCGUUUUUGACUUUCUUAGGAAUUUUUACAGCUUGCAUUUUCCUAGUGUUCAGUCUAAAACACCGCAGUCAUUGGGCUAUUAGCAUGUCAAGACCUUUGAUGAACUCCUUGAUUAUUCUUGGCGCUGUGCUGUCUUAUUCCUCCAUUUUCUUUAUGGGACUGGAUGGCUCAUAUGUUUCCGACAGAGUAUUUGAAGUUUCUUGCACUGUGCAGAUAUCAUGUCUAUCUAUUGGAUGUACCACAGCUUUUGGGGCAAUGUUUGCUAAAAUAUGGCAGAUUCAUUUAUUCUUUAAAAACCACAGCAUUGAUAAAAAGAACACAAAGAAUUAUGGGCCGGAUCUCCUGGUUGUGUUGCUUUUUUUGAUUGACCUAAGUCUAAUAAUUAGUUUGCAAAUAUUGGAUCCUUUUAGGAGAACAGUGAAGGAGUAUCGUAUACAGCCUCAUCCUCACGGCCAGGAUUUUUUCAUUCAGCCCUUCUCAGAGCGAUGUGAAAACACUCAUGGGCUUUUCUGGAUGGUUGCAUUCUAUAUUUAUAAGGGGACAUUGCUUCUCAGCACCUGUUUCCUGGCCUGGAGCACACGACACAUGAACAUCCCUGCCGUAAACGACAGCAGGAGUAUCCGGUUCAGUGUGUUUGUGUCAGUGCCUGUCAUUCUGAUUGGUACUUGUGCAUCAAUGUUCUGGCAGCAUCAACCAAACGUGCAGUUCUGCAUUGUGACCCUUGUGAUCAUCACAUGCUGCUGCUGCACUCUGUGUAUGGUGUUCGUUCCAAAGAUUAUCAUCAUAAGGAUGGGUCCUGAUCCUGCCUUCUUGUCAAGGAGGUUCCACCUCACACAGUGGCAUAGCGAACUAGAAAAGGAGACUAAACAAAACAAAGACAAGAGGAGCAUGGUGGAGCAGAGCGAUCCUGGAGUAUCUGUUUUUAUGAUUGAUGCGACAUUGAGCAUCUCGUCCAGCCUGAGAAUUCAUCAAUCAGAAAACCUUCACCUCAGACGACACAUUAAUUACCUGGAUUCUGAACUGGAGAAUCUGACCAGGCAACUCAAUCUAAAUGAAACGAGUGCUCGUGCGACAGAGAAAGUCAUCGUCACAGGUUUUGUGCACAAAACAGCCAAGGAUAAAUGCCUGACUCUCCCUGAACGCUCCAGAUGUGACAGGAUUCUGCAUCAGGACAUCAACUCCCCUGAACAUGUUCGGCGCAGGCUCUCUCUGCAGUUGCCCAUUCUGCAUCAUGCCUACCUGCCCUCUGUCGGAGGAGUGAUGGAUGACUCCAGUCCCCUGUACAGCCCCCUGCAAACACCCACAACUGGGUCAUAUGGACUGCUGCUGACAGGACUGUGAUUUACUACACUCAGCAGGUUCACAAAGAAACUCAAGUAAAAUACAUAUACCCAUGCAUUUAAAUGUCCACUACAGAUAAGAAAUUGGGUUCGGUGGGACUUUUUAAUUUCGUUUCUGCUCACCAAGGUGUUCAAAGAUGAAAUAAAAUGAAUAAUUUUGUGAUACAUUUUUAAUUUUGUGAUUAACAUCUAUU